AGAUGAUCUGGUCAGCCACUUUUUUCGGUAGGGGCACAUUCAGCCUAGUGGCAUGAUAAGCCAACAAACACCUCGGCCCAACCAAUCCCCCCCAUCCGAGGGAGCAACACAACCAAGAACAACAAAAAAACCAAAAAACAUGGCAAGCAACCAUACUGGAACCGCAGGAACAUCACCACCGGCCAUCCCAAAGAUGCCAGCCACCUUCGAUCGAUGGUUCUGGACUUCCGACUACCGACGCGGAGCCACGAUCCUAUUCGACAAGCUGAAUGCUGGACUCAAAGAAUCACAGGAACUCAUAGCCUUCAUCCGCAAACGAGAAUCAUUCGAAAGAGCCUAUGCACACGAACUUCGCUCCCCCACACCAAUCGACCCCGAAGGCUUCGGCUUCGACGACGGGGCCUCAUUCCUAUCAGUCUACAAACAGCUGCGUUCCAGUCAGACCGACCUGGCAGAUGCACAUGCCAGACUGGCACUCCAACUCGACAGGCUCGUCAUCGGGCCCUUCGAAACUUGGUCUCGUGACCAUCAGGAACGGAUCACAAAGGCCAUCGAUCGGGUCGAGCUCAUCCUGACCAGAUGGGAGAAACAGGCCAAGGAGGUCAUCAAACUCAAGGAGAUCUAUGACUCCAAGACUCAGGAGGCCGACGAAGCAGAGGAGGACUCCCGAUUCUCGCCAGCCGGUGGGAUGAUGAGCCACCACCAAGGUUUCCCAUCCAAGGAACAACUCCUCAGUCGAUCCAACGAUGAAUCCCCGGUCUCCCCAAAGGAAACCUAUGGCCAGAUCGGCAAACUCGUUAGCGAACAGGCCAUCGGUCUCAGUCGAGCCGUCACUCAGAAGAUGCGGAUCCAGGACGGCAGACUAGGCUUCAAAGCUCAGAGCUUGAGCGAAGCUGAUCAAACCCACCAGAAGAAUCCUCCACUCUCCGCUGCCGACCAAAAGCCAUUGCCCCAAUCACCUGACGAUCACGACUCAUCAUCCCAUCCUAAGCCCGAGAAAGGUAAAUCCAAGGAAGAAAAACACACCAGUGCACCCGCUAAACCGAUCCAGAGUAAUACCACCUUAUUAAGUAUUGCUGGGGUGGUCAAACCACCACUCCAAUGGAGUCACCUCUUCCAAAAGGCACGUGACACCAUCUUCAAGCAGAGCAUCAAAGUCCCCUUACUUGGAACCUAUCAUGGGGCUCACUCCGGUGAAGAUCUCGUGAUCUUCUUUCAAAAAAAUACAGCCUUGGGUCACCAAUAG